AUGUCUCAAAACAUAAACCGUAAAGAAUCUUGAUUCUCAAUUCCCUCAAACAAAACAUUUUCAAGAAAACCAAACAAAAAGAAAAAGAAAAAAACAAUGGAAGAACUUGACAUAGACCUCAAAAUCCCUGACCCAUUACGAGCCGAUUGGUUCAUGGUUCUUGUAGACAUCCAAGCUGAUCUCAUCUACAACGCACUCGUGGUGUUAACCUCACCUCUCUAUCUUCUCUACCGUUCAUACAACCGCGCAACAGCUACAAUCUCUUCCGCGGAAAGAGCAGUUAAACGUGCCCCCUCACGGAUAAGGAGCGGUGCAGCGCGGGUUGUAAGAAGGACAUGGUAUGGUCUAAUGGGUGCAUGCCACGUCUCGAUGGUGAUGGUGUUGGCUUUGAUCGUAGCGGCUGUUCUCGGUGUUGGGGUUGUGAGUCUGUAUGUGGAGAAGCCUGUGGUUGUUAGAGAAAGACUCUUCUUCGAUUACACUGAAGAGAACCCAAGUGCGGUAUUCAGCUUCGAUAAGAAGAAGAGACCGUUUGGUGUUCCUGUUGGACAUAAGGUUCAUGUCUCUUUAGUUUUGUGGAUGCCUGAAUCUGAUCUUAACCGAAGACUUGGGUUAUUUCAGUUGAAGGUAGAGCUACUCUCGGUUAAAGGAGAGACAAUAGCGAGAUCAAGCCAGCCUUGUAUGUUACGGUUCAGAAGCAAACCGAUAAGACUAGCAAGAACAUUUGUGAUGAGCGUUCCACUUGUUGCCGGAUUCGCAAACGAAGCACAAACAAUGAGAAUAGAUGCGUUAACGCACCAAGAGAAAUGGCCAAGAACGAAAGCCGUGAGAGCGACUCUGAUUCCACGUGCGCAGACUCGGCUAUUGCCUCAGUUAUACGAAGCUGAGGUCGUUAUAAACUCGAAACCCCCGUGGACUAAACGAAUGGCUUAUAACUGGAGAUGGACUCUCUGCGUUUGGACUUCAAUGUAUUUAUACUUGGCUAUUCUAAUGACGUUUCUAUGGUGUUUUCGACCGGUUCUGUUCCCUUACGUUGCUUCAAGAACGGUUGCGGAGAGUGAAAGACUAGAGAUGGAAGCUGUGGAAGAAGAAGUAAUCGAAAGAAGAUUUAGAGAAAGAAGAAACAAACCUCGUCGAAGAACUUUCAUUACAACACAUGAAACUUAUACAUAGUAAUCAGAUUCUUGUUUUCUUGUGUUCUCCCAGCUCUGUAGUAAACCGGCAAUUGUAAUACAUAACUGUAACAUAAAGGACCCCAGUACAAAUGGUAUUUAAAAUGGUUUUUAAGAUAUUUGCACAUUAAA